GAUCAAGGUCCCCUGCGCCCUGGAUACGGGCGGUCCUGAGGCCUAGGUCGCCUCCUGACAACUCCUCUCGUGACCGGAGGGGGUCCCAGUCACCAUGCAGGACCCACAUCCGGAGGAGCCGGUGGAGGAGCUGGAUUCAGCCAAGGAGAAGAGUCCCGGCAGUCCUGGCAACAACCUUUGCCACAUGGGGGCCCUGCAAUGCACCCACUCUCUCAUCACCUUCGCCGAUUCCAAGUUCCAGGAGCGCCACAUGAAGCGGGAGCACCCAGCGGAUUUCGUGGCCCAGAAGCUGCAGGGGACCCUCUUCAUCUGCUUCACCUGCUGGCGUUCCUUCCCCUUCUCCAAGGCCCUGAUCGCACUCCAGCGCGGGCAUGGGCCAGGCAUCAGGCCUUCGGCGGGGGCACCUCCCAGUGCCCAGCCCACCUUCCCCUGCCCUGAUUGUGGCAAGACCUUUGGGCAGUCAGCGUCUCUGAGGCGGCACCGCCAGGCACACGAGGCCCGCGACCCUCCCGGUCCCUUUGCCUGCACUGAGUGUGGGCAAGACUUUGCCCAGGAAGCCGGGUUGCAUCAGCACUACAUCUGGCAUGCCCGGGGGCGGGGGGGGGGAGCUCUGAAUGCCCCUGGGGAAAGGGGGGGACCUGCCCUAUGA